AUAAAAAAAUCCAAAAAGUUUUUGAAAAGUCCAGAAAUGUUUUAUAUUGAUAUUUAUUUUCGGCGAGUUUGAAAUAAUAUAUUUAUUUUUUUAAAGAAAGAGGCUCUGAAUAUCUGUAACUGAAAGGUUCGUUGGCCAUAGCAACCGUAUCCAAGGGCAGCGGUCGGGUUAAUGUGUAGAUUCAUUGUUCACAUGUUUGGGUCAAAGUCCUGAACCUGACGUGACCUUUGACCUGCUGGAUGUUGACAUGGGAUCGUCUCCUGCAGGACGAUGGCUUCAUGAAGGCUGCGUCUUAAUAUGAACCGUGUUAGGGGACCAGACCCCCGCACCAACCAGGGGCCGGACACACGGGGACCAGGAGAGAAUUCUAAAAGACGCUCCGCUCGGUCCAUUAGUGGAGGAGCAGACGGUCUGAGAUCAAAACAACACGACUUCACGAAACAUCUGGAACCAGAUGGAAUGCUCCCCGACACAGAGUGACGUCGCGUUGUGGACGCGGCCAGGUAAAGGAUAUAUAAAGUGGCCUGGUCAGUUGGAGGGACCAAAGAGGAGAGGAACAACAGAGAUCUGUCCAUCAGCUGAACCAACUGAACCCACAAGAGAGAGAGAGAGAGAGAGAGAGAUGUGUCCUGCGUGGCUAUUGGUGGCUGUGGCGCUGGUGGGCGUGGCCAGAGGUGACGUCAGUGAGUGCUGGGAGCACCCGAGAUGUCAGGACGUCAACUCUGAGACGAGCUUGAUGGAGUGCAUCCGGCUCUGUCGCUCCGACCUCACCUCCGAGAUGCCCGUCAUCCCGGGCGCCGCCCACCUCCAACCCCCUCCUCCCCCUCCUCCUCCUCCUCCUCCUCCUUCAUCAGACUCCGAGUCUCUGCUUCCCCUCUCUCUUUUACUCUCCUCCUCCUCCUCUUCCUCCUUCCCCUCCUCCCCUCAGGCCAAGCGCUCCUACUCCAUGGAGCACUUCCGCUGGGGGAAGCCCGUCGGACGCAAGCGCCGCCCGGUCAAAGUCUACGCCGCCGACGGCGUGGAGGAGGAGUCCGCCGAGCUGUUCCCCGAGGAGAUGAGGAGGCGGGAGCUCGCCGCCAACAUGAUCGCGGCCGCCGCCGGGGAGGAGGAGGAGGAGGAGGCGGCCGAGGAAGAGCAGCGGCAGCGGCAGGAGGAGGAGAAGAAGGACGGCGCGUACAAGAUGAAGCACUUUCGCUGGAGCGGCCCGGCGGCCGGCAAGCGCUACGGCGGCUUCAUGAAGAGCUGGGACGAGCGGCGCCAGCGGCCGCUGCUCGCGCUCUUCAAGAACGUCAUCAACAAGGACGGCCAGCAGGGGGAGCAGUGAGGAGGCAGGGCGCGAGGAGGCAGGGGACGAGGAGACGAGGCAGAGAGACGAGUCCUUCAGAUGCGGGGGGAGGGGCGUGGCUAUGUCGUGAUACUCGUGUCGCGGCGGCGGAGAGGUCGGAGGAUGACGUCACUUCAUCUCCAAACCAAACACCAGAUGCAUUGUGGGUAAAGUCCCCCUUGUUUUUUGAAGUCUUAUAAAAGUUCGUUUUUAAUGCAAAUAAAAGAUUGAUCUGCA